GCAAUACUUUAAAGGUGUCCGGGGAUGGCAAGAUGGCGGCCUCUGCCUUUGCCCGUGCCUUCAGAGCUGCAGCAGGAGUCUUACGGCCCCUGAAUAUUUUGGUGUCUUCAGCCUGUCAAAACGGUGUCAAGAAUGCCUGUCUUAGUUCUGCACUGUCCACCCGGCAUUUUAGUUCUCUGCAGGCACCAGUUGUUUCCUCUGCUCCCAGACUUGCCACGUCUGUCAGAAACCUGACAUGUGGACAUACUGCAGCAAUCCUCAAUAGAGCGGCCCCCUUGCUUCCAAAUGUCCUGAAGCUACCAGUCAGAACCGUAACAUACUUCAGUUCACAGAAAGGGAAGAGAAAGACUGUGAAAGCUGUCAUCUACAGGCUUCUUCGACUUCAUUCUGGCCUGUGGCUAAGGAGGAAGGCUGGUUAUAAGAAAAAAUUAUGGAAAAAGACAACUGCAAGAAAAAGGUGCUUGAGGGAAUUCGUGUUCUGCAAUAAAACCCAGAGUAAGCUCUUAGAUAAAAUGACAACAUCUUUUUGGAAGAGGCGAAACUGGUAUGCUGACGAUCCUUAUCAGAAGUAUCAUGAUCGGACAAACCUGAAAGUCUAGAUUAGAAGUUUUAUG